CACCGGAGUCCUCCGUCUCCGCCACUGCACUGGGGCACGUUGUGCAGUAUAAAGGAGCUGAUGACAUGCGGUUGUUGCUGGUCACUGUGAUGGUACAGAGUUUGCAACUGUGGACAGGGGAAUGGAUAGCUCUAGCCGAUGAUCGAACGAAAGUGGUGCACGGGACCGUUAAUGAAACAGUGCGUCUGCCUCUGUGGCAUAGGAUUGAUGGGGCAGACAGUGUGUUCAAUGUGGAGUGGCACGUCUCCAAACCUAACAGAACCAAGACCACAAUCCUCACCUAUUCUCCCAGCUCCCAGGCCCCCUUUAUAGUAGAGCCGUUUAAAUCCAGGGUGACUUUCUGCAACUCCAGCGCGGAACUGACCCUCUCUAACUUACAGAGGUCAGACGAAGGGGUUUAUGAGCUUGAGAUAAAGGCAACCGACGGGAAGCCGUAUAAAUCCUCGGUCCUUCUCACUGUGAACGUGCUGGUGGCGAUUCCACAAGUUGAGAUGGUCCCGGAGGUGCCUCUGGUUGGGGACAACGUGACACUACACUGCACUUCACCACAAGGCAAUCGCGUGAUCUACACCUGGUGGAGGUGUGACCUGCCUCUGUCCCAGGGGACGGACUACAGGCUGUCUGACGACAACAGGACACUGACGGUGGUGGGAAUCCAGGAGUCACAUGUCGGGACCUAUACCUGUGCCGCAGAGAACCUGAUCAGCCGGAAACACACCGAGCUGGUUGUGCAGCUGUGCCGUACAACCAGUCCAGCACAGAUGGAUUAUGAGUAUUUUGGAUAUGCUGGAUUUCCUGGGUAUCUGGGCUACAUUCUCCUGAUCUUUUUCACCUGCAAAUGGUUGAAGAAACGAGUUGAGCAAGGCUACAAUAACAAGGAUGCGAUUUAUGAAAACCAGGUGGGCAGAAACCGUUCGCUGUGCAGCCCGACCACAAACAGGGACCUGUGCAACCUAGAGAAGCACAAGCGGAGAGUCAGGUAGUCAGGGAGGAUCAGCACACUUUCACCAUUGACUCCGCCACGGACCUUAUUUGUUUGGGGACUUUAUUUGCUCCAUUUAUGCACAUGGGAUUUCACUGUAUCUGAGAUUACACCUUUACUCCACCAACGGUGGCCACGCUUUCAGCCUCCAUGCCC